UUCAGUUGUCGUUUUUCACAAAAAAUGUUCAAUAAACUGAAACCUCCGAAACCAAGCGCACCAGAAUCAAAAGAUGCGGAAAUGUAUGACUUACAAUCGGAUAUUAAGAUAUGGGCCAUAGACACGUUUCUGGCAACGGCUACAAAGGAACAGAAGAAAAUUGACAUCAAUGACUUGGACUUAAAAGUAAUUUGGGACGAUGUUACUGUGACACAUGAACCAACGGAAUAUUUUGAUGAUCACCGUCAUCGAUUGCCGAAAUCGCACUCAUUGUUUUCCACCACGUUUCGGAACAAUACAGACUGUGAACAGGAGUACUGCUUCCGGACCGAGCGCUGUACCAGAUCCAUAGCCGAGGUGGAGCUAGAACGCGGAGUAGUAUUUUCCAAGGAAUUAUCACUUAAGCUUUCGGUAAGCGCUGUGCGCCGAGGACGUCAAAAGACUCAGUGUUUGACCAUCGAUGUCUUCGGAGCAUUGCCCGAGUCUGGUGGGAACACUCGAUCAACAAUACUGAAGUUCAGUUGUCGUUUUUCACAAAAAAUGUUCAAUAAACUGAAACCUCCGAAACCAAGCGCACCAGAAUCAAAAGAUGCGGAAAUGUAUGACUUACAAUCGGAUAUUAAGAUAUGGGCCAUAGACACGUUUCUGGCAACGGCUACAAAGGAACAGAAGAAAAUUGACAUCAAUGACUUGGACUUAAAAGUAAUUUGGGACGAUGUUACUGUGACACAUGAACCAACGGAAUAUUUUGAUGAUCACCGUCAUCGAUUGCCGAAAUCGCACUCAUUGUUUUCCACCACGUUUCGGAACAAUACAGACUGUGAACAGGAGUACUGCUUCCGGACCGAGCGCUGUACCAGAUCCAUAGCCGAGGUGGAGCUAGAACGCGGAGUAGUAUUUUCCAAGGAAUUAUCACUUAAGCUUUCGCCAAUCACACCAAGUUCCCAAGAAUAUAAUCUCUUUUCCAUUCACUCUGGACAGCUACCUAAUGCCAUUCUUGAGGCCAACGCGGGAUUCAAACAUGAUCUUUCACUGAACUCGUGUACCAGGCAAAGUACUGAAGAGGAACUAUCCUGGAGUGUAGACACAAGAAUUUUGGUAGCUCCUCGACAUUCAGCUUUUGCAGAGGUAAAAGUGGCUGAGGAAGAGAUUACAACACAGUUUCGCCUAACUUCUGUGCUACAUGGCCGUAUACGGGCUGUGUUUUACGACGCGGCGCACAAUAAUGCAUUCAUCAAAUACGUCGAAGGCGACUUGGCUAGCAUUAUUGAAAAGGAGCUGUCUGACCGAGGAUCCUUUUCACCGUCAAACUCACACGUUCGAAUAGAAACCAAACCCAACGGAUCCAAAUUCUUAAAAAUUGAAACUGUCGGGCGAUGUAAAUUUCGUUUUGGAGUACACCAAGAAGUCGAAGUAAACCAGAAAGGAACCUGAUUUGCAACGAACGAACAAAAGUUUCCAGCGCCAAGGACAGAUUAUGUUGCAUUUGAAUUUAUACUUAAAUACCUCAAAAACUGACGAACAUUGGCAUACUCCGUGUAAAAUUUUAAUAAUGAACUUUCUG